GCUCUCUGAGGAACAGCGUCCGGAUGUUGGGACAGGAGUCAAAGGUCAGGAGGAAUGAGAGCACGGAUCUGAGCGGCUGAAAGGAAGCAGACGUUUUCCAGCAAACAUGGCGGCGCGAUGGAGGUCGGCGCUGCUCCUCUGCCUGCUGAUGGCGGCUUCCAGCCUGGCCAGCAGCGAAACCUCGGAGGCCUCCAGCAGCGGGAACGAGACGUCGGGGUCCGGGCACGAGACGCCGGCCAUCCAGACGCUGCCCAUCGUAACGUGGAAAUGGCACCAUGUGGAGACGCCGUACCUGGUGGCGCUUUGGGUCCUGGUGUCCUGGCUCUGCAAACUGGUCAUUGAGGCCAACCACAAUGUCACCAAUUUCAUCCCGGAGAGCGCGUUGCUCAUCGGCUUCGGCUUCAUCCUGGGCGGGAUGGUGUGGGGCGCGGACCAGGCCCAGACCUUCAAGCUCACCCCGACCGUCUUCUUCUUCUACCUGCUGCCGCAGAUCAUCCUGGACACCGGCUACUCCAUGCCCAACAAGCUCUUCUUCACCAACCUGGGCGCCAUCUUGGUUCACGCCGUCAUCGGCACGUGCUGGAACGCCGCCACGUUGGGGCUGUCGCUGUGGGGGUGCCACCAGGGCGGAGCCAUGGGCGACAUUGACAUCGGGCUGCUGCAGUACCUGCUGUACGGCAGCCUGAUGGCCGCCGUUGACCCUGUCGCCGUCAUCGCCGUGUUUGAGCAGGUUCACGUCAACGAGGUGCUGUUCAUCCUGGUGUUCGGAGAGUCGCUGCUCAACGACGGCGUUACGGUGGUGCUUUUCAACGUCUUCGACGCGUUCGUGUCUCUUGGAGGAAGUGCAAUCGAUGCUAAGGAGAUCAUCAAGGGAAUAAUUUCCUUCUUUGUUGUGGCGUUCGGCGGUUCCCUGUUGGGCUUUGUGUUCGGCCUGCUGAUAUCUCUGUUGAGCAGAUGCACCAAGAACAUCCAGAUCAUUGAGCCGGGCUUCAUCUUCGUCCUGGGAUACUUGGCCUACCUCACCGCCGAGAUGCUGUCACUGUCGUCCAUCCUCUCGAUCGUUUUCUGUGGCGUUUGCUGUCAGAAGUACAUGAACUCCAACAUGGACGAAAACUCCAUCCAAACAGUCCGUUACGCCAUGAAGGUCUUCGCCAAUGGCUCAGAAACCAUCAUCUUCGUCUUCCUCGGCAUCUCCGCCAUCGAUAAGACCAUCUGGGUCUGGAACACGGGCUUCAUCCUCCUCACGCUGCUCUUCAUCCUCAUCUACAGAUUCAUCGGUGUGUUUUUCCUCACCUGGAUCCUGAACAGGUACCGACUCGUCCCCAUAAGUUUUGUUGACCAGAUAAUUAUGAGCUACGGUGGCCUGCGAGGGGCUGUGGCUUACGGACUGGCAGUGAAUCUGAAUGAGGCAAAGAUAAAGGAGAAGAACCUGAUGGUGUGCACGACUCUCAUCGUCGUCUACUUCACCGUGAUUCUCCAGGGAGUGACGAUGAAACCUUUGGUUCAGUGGCUGAAAGUGAAGCGAGCCGCAAUCGCUGAGCUCACACUCAUAGAAAAAGUACAGAACAAGGUGUUUGAACACAUGCUGAUUGCUAUUGAGGACAUUUCAGGACAAAUAGGAGACAACUACAUGAGGAAUAAGUGGAGGAACUUCGAGGAGAAGUGGAUGUCGAGGCUGUUACUGAAGCCGUCUGAGAGGAAGAAGCAGGACCGCCUCUACAACGUCUUCCACCAGCUGAACCUGCAGGAUGCGAUGGAGUACGUGAAAGAGGGUGAACGCAGAGGCUCACUGGAGUUCAUCCGCAACGAAAGCGCGUUUGUUGACUUCAAGAAGAAGUUUGGGGAAGACUACGAAGAGGCAAUGCCAGACUUCAUGACGGAUAUGGCCAAUGAUCAGGGCGGAGCUUUGGCGAUGAGGAGCGAGCCGGUGCCGUCGGUCAGUUUGGAGCUGCAUGAGCAGAACAUGAGGGGCCUCAGAGAAGCAGAGGGCAUCAACUCUCACCACUUGCUGGACCAGCAUCUCUACAAAGGCCGGAAGCAGCACCGGUACCGCUUCAGCCGCAACCACUUGGACAUCAACCAGGAUGAAAACGAGGUGCAGGAGAUCUUCCAGAGAACCAUGAGGAGCCGCCUGGAGUCCUUCAAGUCCGGGAAGAUGGGCGUGGCGCCACCGAAGACCAUAACCAAGCACACAAAGAGAGAGCCGAAGAUGCCAAAACAGCACCACUCUGGAGACGAAGAUUUUGAGUUCUCAGAAGGAGACGGCGCUUCAGGCUACGAUGCUUCCUUCCCCAUGAGAGUCAGCUACAGAGCCGGAGCCGGAGUGGAGAACCCCGCCUUCAUACCGGACCUGGACCCCUCCUCGCCGCUGCACAUCCCCCCCUGGCUGGCGGACGCCGAGCUGGAGGUGAACCCGGUGGCGCCGUCGGAGCGCGCCCAGGUGAGGACACCCGGAUACCUCCACCGCCCUCAGACGAGAGGGCGGUCCGGUGAGUCCGUCCGGGACCAGGACCCGUCAACACCACCGCCCCCACCUUAUAGAGACGAUGACCACCUGUAGCGCCGCCACAGGAACAGGAAAUGACUUCAGACUUUGGAUGAAUGCCAGGAUGUCAACCGGAGGAUCAAGUGAAACUGUUUUGAGGAUGAACAGCUUCCUGCAGACAGUGCUUCUGGAGGUUCCUGUCUCUGAAUGUGACGCAGAGACCUUUGAAAAUGAAGUUAUGGUUUUAGGAGGGUUUAUGAUCAAAGGGACAUAAAUCAAAUCUAUGAUCUGAAUUUCAGUCUA